UUUGGGGCGGGGGCGGUGGGGGGUCCCCAUGGCCGGGCUGAGGCGGCGGCGGCGCUGAGGCCGAAGCGCGGCGCCGAGGAAGAGGAAGAGCGAGAGAGCGCUGCUAAGACCCAGAGGGCUCUGCGGGCAGCGGGGCGGGCAGAGCGCGCAGGCAGCGGCGGCUCCAUCACCAGCCACAGAGAAAGGGGAAGAGGAGGAGGAGAAGGGAGGAAGGAAGAAGGGCCGUGGCGGAGCAGGGCGGGCGGGGGGGCCCCGCCGAGGAUGGACAUGGCCUGACGGGGCCUGGCAGCCGGCCGGUGCAGGUGUGCCGGCGGCGGCCCCCCCCGGUAGCAUCCUCGCCCUCCCCGAUGCCGCUGUAGCCGGCGAGGGGCCGCGGCGUGAGCGGGGGGCUCGGCGGGGGCGGCGGCGGCGAGCGAUGCUGCGGGGAGCGGCGGCGGAGCCAUGCUGAGGACGGAGGCAGGCGGAGGGGCGGCCGCCGGGGGGGGUUCCCCCUCCUCCGGCGGGGCGGCGGGCGGCGGGGGGCUGCGGAGCGCGUCCCCGCACCGGAACGCCUACGAGGCCACCAUCCAGGCCCUGGCGCCCACAAAGGAGGCCGACGGCGGCGAGGACGGCAAGAAGAGCCGGGGCAAGAAGUAUGGCUCCAACGUCCACCGGAUCAAGAACAUGUUCCUGCAGAUGGGGACGGCGCCCGGCCCCGAGGGUGCCUGCGACCUGGCCAAGGCCAAGGAGAAGCCGGUGCGCCUCUCCUUGCCCCGCGCCGGCAGCCUCAGCGAGACCGUGGACCAGGGCAGCCUCCUCAAGCUGGGCACCAGCGUCUCGGAGCGGGUCAGCCGCUUUGACUCCAAGCCCGACAAGCCCUUCUCCAAGCUGCAGGAGACCCGCAAGAUCUUCGAGAGGAGCCCGCAGGAGAAGGCCACCACCACCAAGCUGCUGCUCCGCAAGGAGCGCGCCGGCUUCCAGGACCGCAAGCUGGACGUGGUGGUGAGGUUCAACGGCAGCACCGAGUCCCUGGACAAGCUGGACGCCGACGCCGUGUCGCCUACGGUCAGCCAGCUCAGCGCCGUCUUCGAGAAGGCCGAUCUCCGGAACAACCUGCACAAGGCGCAGGGCAGGGCGGGAGCGCCGCUCAACGCCAAGGUGGUGGGCAAGCGGCCGCGGGUCUUCGCGCCGGGCGCCGAGGCCGGGCGCCAGGGCGAUGGGCACCCUGCCCCAACCCGCGCACGGCCACCCGAGGAGGAGAAGGCGCCGAGCAAAAGCGUGAGGCCCGCGGAGAAGGAACCGGCCGCCCCACGGGUGCAGGAGGUCUGCAAGAUCAAGCCGGUGGAGGUGGAGGAGAGCGGAGAGGGCGAGGAUGAGGAGGAGGAGGCGGCGGCGGCGGGCGAAGCGGUGCCACCCGUGCCUCAACUGGCCAAGGGGGACGAGGGUCCGGUGGCGACCACCCCACGGCUGGAUGGGGGCGCCGGGGUGGCCGCGGGCGAGGAGGGCGUCAAGGGCGAGCGGGCGGAGGAGGGCGAUGGCUACGAGGAGGCCAAGAAGGAGGACUUCUCUGAGGCGGACCUGGUGGACAUAAGUGCCUACAGCGGGCUCGGGGAGGACUCGGGGGGCAGCGGGCUGGAGGAGGAGGAGGAGGCCGAAGGGCUGUACGAACCCGAGUCGGGCUGUGUGGAGAUCCCUGGGCUGUCCGAGGAAGAGGAGCCCGUCCCCAACCGCAAGAUCCAGUUCAGCACGGCGCCCAUCCAGGUGUUCAGCACUUACUCCAACGAGGACUACGACCGCCGCAAUGAGGACGUCGACCCCAUGGCCGCCUCGGCCGAGUACGAGCUGGAGAAAAGGGUGGAGAGACUCGACCUCUUCCCUGUGGAGCUGGAGAAAGACUCCGAAGGGUUGGGGAUCAGCAUCAUCGGGAUGGGAGCGGGGGCCGACAUGGGCCUGGAGAAACUGGGAAUCUUCGUCAAGACAGUGACGGAAGGAGGGGCGGCCCACCGGGAUGGCAGGAUCCAGGUGAACGAUCUGAUUGUGGAGGUGGAUGGCACCAGCCUGGUGGGAGUGACCCAGAGCUUCGCCGCCUCCGUCCUCAGGAACACCAAGGGCCGCGUCCGGUUCCUGAUCGGGCGGGAGAAGCCGGGGGAGCAGAGCGAGGUGGCACAGCUGAUCCAGCAGACACUGGAGCAGGAGCGGUGGCAGCGGGAGAUGAUCGAGCAGCGCUACACUCAGUACACCGAGGAUGACGAGGAGGUGAGGGGACAAUGCCCACCCCCCCAGGGUCCCCCUGCCCCAUAUGGGGCCGGUAACACCGUUUCCCCAGGUGGGGAUGCCAAUGGUGCCCUGUGCCCUCCCCAGACGGGUGAAUAUGCCACGGACGAGGAGGAGGAGAUGAGCCCCAUGUUCCCCGGCGGGGAGAUGGCCAUCGAGGUGUUCGAGCUGGCCGAGAACGAGGACACGCUGUCCCCCGUGGAGAUGGACCCCGAGAAGCUGGUGCACAAGUUCAAGGAGCUCCAGAUCAAACACGCCGUCACCGAGGCCGAGAUCCAGCAGCUCAAGAGGAAGCUGCAGUGCCUGGAGCAGGAGAAGGCACGCUGGCGGGCUGAGAAGGCCCAGCUGGAGCAGAGCGUGGAGGAGAACAAGGAGCGGAUGGAGAAGCUGGAAGGGUACUGGAUGGAGGCCCAGAACCUGUGCCAGGCUGUGGACGAGCACCUCAAGGAGACCCAGGCCCAGUACCAGACCCUGGAGCGCAAGUACAGCAAGGCCAAGCGGCUCAUCAAGGAGUACCAGCAGAAGGAGAUUGAGUUCCUGAAGAAGGAGACGGCGCAGCGGCGGGUGCUGGAGGAGUCGGAGCUGGCACACAAAGAGGAGAUGGAGAAGCUGCAGGAGAAGGUGGGCACCGGACGCCGGGACCAGGGGUGUCCCUGAGCCCCCCAGCCCCACCCGGCCACGGCCGCAUCGCUCCCGGGGCUCCGUCGCCGAUGGAUCCGGGGGAUCUGCUGGGCCGCCGGAUCCCGCGCCGGGGGGUUGUGGAGCUGUGUGGGGCACCGGCUCCCUCUGGACUGAGCUACGGCCGCUGGAUCCCAGCCCGGGGCACGGUGGAUCUGCCUGGGGCUCCCACCGGGAUUGUGCUCCCGCCACCGGAUCACAGCGGAUCUGCUCGGGCGCUGGGCAACGCCCGGGCCUCCUCCCGGCACUGGAUCCCACGCGGGAUUGCAGGGGAUCUGCCUGCGGAUCCCGCUCUGGGGUCUGACAGCCCACAAAGAGAUCACCUCGGGCACCAGAUCCCAGGCUGCUCGUGCUGGAUCCCACGAGGGUUCCCCAGAGAUCAUCCCACGCGAUCCUGUUGGGAGCCGGAUCCCAUGCUGGUCAUGCUGGAUCCCCCAACAGACCCCACUGGAUUCCAUGCCAGCCACACUGGAUCCCCCCCAGCCGUGGGGUCAGAGCCGUGCGGGACCACAGCAGAUCCCACAUGGGCUCACCGGAUCCCAAAGGAUCCCAAGGGUCUGCCGUGGGUCGCAGUGGGGGGGGGCCAUGCCCGGCUGGGGGGCACCAGGGCACAGCGGGGAGGUCCCUGGCACCCAGCAGAGCCCCUCCAUGCACCCACCUCCAUCACCCCAAAAUAUCCCCUGACAUCCCACAGAGACUCACCCACCGCCUGCCUGCA